AUGAGUUUGGCAUUUGAUGACUACGGCAGACCUUACAUUAUUUUGAGAGACCAAGGAUAAAAGAAAAGAAUGAAGGGUUUGGAGGCUUAUAAGAGCAAUAUUUUGGCUGCAAAGGCUGUAGCUAAUACUUUACAGUCUUCACUUGGUCCUAAGGGCAUGGAUAAGAUGCUGGUUUCACCUGAUGGAGACGUCUCAGUCACUAAUGAUGGUGCCACUAUAGUUGAAAAAAUGGAAAUCUAACAUCCAACAGCAAAAUUGUUAGUUGAGUUGUCAUAAUCAUAAGAUGCCGAGAUAGGAGAUGGAACAACAGGAGUAGUUGUUUUGGCUGGCAAAUUGUUGGAAUAAGCAUUAACAUUGUUGGAUAAGGGAAUUCAUCCAUUGAAAAUCAGUGAUGGUUUCGAUAGAGCUUGUGAUGUUGCCAUAAAGCAUUUGGAGUCAAUAGCUGAGGAAAUAGACAUUUAAGCAAAUGAUCACGAGGCCUUAAUCUAAGCAGCCUGCACUGCCCUAGGGUCAAAAGUUGUAUCCAAAAGAAAAAGAGAAUUAGGAAAAAUAGCUGUAACUGCCGUUUUAGAUGUUGCUGAUCUCAAAAGAAAAGAUGUCAAUUUAGACUUAAUUAAAAUUCAAACAAAGACUGGUGGCAGUGUUGAAGAUACCAGAUUAAUUUCAGGAAUCCUUAUUGACAAAGAUAUGAGUCAUCCACAAAUGUAGAAGGAAGUUAAAGAUGCUAAGAUAUGCUUAUUAACAUGUCCUUUCGAACCUCCUAAGCCUAAAACUAAACACAAUAUAAAUAUUUCCAGUGCUGAAGACUAUAAGAAGCUUUAUCAGUAAGAAUAACAAUACUUUGUUGAAAUGGUGAAACUUGUCAAAGAUAGUGGUGCUAAUAUUGCUUUGUGCUAAUGGGGAUUCGAUGAUGAAGCCAACCAUUUAUUAUUAUAAAAUGAUCUCCCUGCAGUUAGAUGGGUAUCAGGCACUGAUGUUGAAUUAAUAGCUAUGGCAACUGGAGCUAGAAUCAUUCCAAGAUUUUAAGAAAUAACACCUGAAAAAUUAGGAAAGGCAGGAUGUAUCAAAGAAGUCUAGUUUGGAACUUCAAAUGAAAGAAUGCUAGUCAUUGAAAAUUGUCAAUGCACUAAAGCUGUUACCAUUCUCAUAAGAGGAGGCAGUUAAAUGAUUGUUGAUGAAGCCAAAAGAUCCAUUCAUGAUGCUAUUUGUGUGAUCAGAAAUUUAAUUAAAGAUAACAGAAUCGUUUAUGGUGGUGGAUCCGCUGAAUUGGCUUGUGCUCUCUAAGUCUUACAAUAUGCUGAUGAGGUCUCUUCAGUUGAAUAAUAUGCAGUAAGAUCUUUUGCUGAUGCUUUAGAAGGUAUUCCAUGCUGUUUAGCAGAUAAUUGCGGUCUUAAUCCAAUUACUUCUGUAGCUUAGGCUAAGUCUAGACAAUUGACUGAAAAGAACCCUAGAAUUGGAAUUGAUUGCAUGGAGUUGGGUACAAGUGAUAUGAAAGAGCAAAAAAUUUAUGAAACUUUGAGUUCAAAGAAAUAGUAGAUUUAAUUGGCCACUUAAGUUGUGAAAAUGAUAUUAAAAAUAGAUGAUGUUAUUGCUCCAGAUGACUAUUGAGUAUUAAUAUUAAUUUAUGUUCAAAAAGUACAAAUAUGUAAUACAUCUAUCAGAUAUCUAAAGAUUUAGACCAUCAUCUAUUAAUU